AUGUCCAUCAACAAUGAGUGCAGGGCAUACUUACAGAAGCACAUUAGUAAGACGAUGAGACACUUCUAUGCCAACCUCCAUCAGAACGAGCUCGAUCCUCAAUCACGCGAGAUGAAGAUCGGCGUCUUGUAUCUCAUGAUGAUGUACCUUGGUGUCGAGGCAAUGACACCAUUCAUUGAUGCGAUCACCGAGGUGAUGAUCGUCAGGGUCAACGACAUGGUGCCGACCAUUCAAACAAUGGUGGCCGAGAUUUGUCGCAUUGUUGGCCAUGUUGCCAAGGGCUCUGUAUUGUUGCCACGGCUGUCUGAGCGCAUCAAAGAAGAGCUAAACACUCCAUCACACAAAGACACAUUGUUAUGUCAACUCCAAGUACUGGCACACAUGACCAGCACCAUUGGCACUGUCGAUGAGACCACACUGGCGAAUCUGCUUCGCGAUCUCCAGCAAGUGGUAUACAGCGAUCAAUCAAAUAAUCGUUGCCUAGUUGAGAUUGUCCAGGUCCUUUCACACUUGGCCAACAAGUUUCCAGAUCAACUACAAUCUUCACAAUGUGAUAAACCAAUGGCGCGACUGUUGAUCCUACUCAAUGUAUCAUUGCCUGAUAAGAAACAGAUGAUUGACGAUAUUUCCGCCAAGCUCUGCGACAACUGCUCCAACGCCAAUCUCCAGCAAUACAUUGGAGGCGGAGGUGGUAGCAGGGUGGCCAUGCUGCUGAGCGACAUUGCCAAGCGACAUACAAGCCAUGUCCUCACACAUCAAUCCUACUUUAACACAAUCGACUACAUCAUACGUACUCAAUCAUUGGAAACAGUGGACAUUGUCAUUCUCCAACAAUUGUCUGCCAUCUACUCCAAGGCGGCAGAGAAGGAUGACAGCAUUCAAAGAGUUGUCGACAAGUUAAAGACGGCAAUUGGUGUCGCUAGCACUUCAUCCAAGGUUGUCUCUUGA